AAAAACAGAAACAAAAAACUCACUCACACAGGUCACAGCUGUACCUUCCUCAAGCGCCGACAAUUUACAAAGCGUUACAAAAAUCAAAUGCUUUUCCCUAAUUUAUCGAUCUAAUACAAAAUCUAAAAAUUUAAAACUCAAAAAAAAAAUAAAAUAAAAAAAUCUCUGAGAUCCAAAUCGAAGUCGUUCUUCCUGACUCACUCCGAGUCAUUUUCAUCGAGAAGAAGAGGAUUUGGAUACCGUUUUCGAUGCGCCUUCCGGUGAGGGUAUGAUAGAGUCACCGGUGGAAGCUAGGGUUUUGAAUUUGGAUUUGGAUUCGGAUUCGGAUUCGGGUUGUUGUUCUGAGCUGGUGUGGCGUCGGCGAUGGCCGUGCGGAGUCCGGCGGAGAUGACAUCGACGAGCUGGCGUGAGGAAAUGUCGUCUGACAACGUCAAAGGUCUGGUUCUCGCUCUAUCGUCCAGCUUCUUCAUCGGCGCGAGCUUCAUCGUGAAGAAGAAGGGAUUGAAGAAGGCUGGUGCUUCUGGAAUCAGAGCAGGUGUUGGAGGCUAUUCUUACUUAUAUGAGCCACUUUGGUGGGUGGGCAUGAUAACGAUGAUAGUUGGGGAAAUUGCUAAUUUUGCGGCUUAUGCGUUUGCGCCAGCUUUACUGGUCACUCCUCUUGGGGCUCUCAGCAUUAUUAUCAGUGCUGCACUUGCGCACAUUAUUUUACGGGAGAGGUUACAUAUUUUUGGAAUUCUUGGUUGUGUUCUGUGUGUUGUGGGUUCUACAACAAUUGUUCUACAUGCUCCUCAAGAACGUGAAAUACAUUCUGUAACAGAAGUCUGGGAACUUGCUAUGGACCCAGCUUUUCUCAUGUAUGCAGCUUUGGUUAUAACAGCUGCAUUGAUACUUAUAUUCUACUUUAUCCCACAAUAUGGCCAGACACACAUAAUGGUUUACAUUGGAGUUUGUUCUCUUGUAGGUUCUUUAUCGGUCAUGAGUGUCAAAGCAAUUGGAAUUGCAUUGAAGUUGACAUUGUCGGGAAUGAAUCAACUAAUUUAUCCUGAAACUUGGGUAUUCACUGUAGUGGUAAUUGCUUGUGUGCUCACCCAAAUGAAUUAUUUGAACAAGGCACUUGAUACCUUCAACACGGCUGUUGUAUCUCCCAUAUACUAUGUUAUGUUCACAUCACUAACUAUUGUGGCCAGUGUGAUCAUGUUUAAGGACUGGGAUAGGCAGAGUCCAACCCAGGUAAUCACAGAAAUAUGUGGCUUUGUGACUAUCCUCUCAGGAACUUUUCUGCUUCACAAAACAAAGGAUAUGUCUGAUGGUUUGUCAUCGUCUAUGUCCCUGAGACUUUCCAAGCACUCAGAAGAGGAUGGCCUUAAUGGUGAAGGCAUCCCUCUUAGGCGGCAGGAAUCCUUAAGGUCGUCAGUAUGAUUAUGCUUUGCUGCCAGUCCUAAAAACUGUGCGCACUUUAUCCUGGGAGGGAUCUUCCUGAUGCAACUUGUGCUUUAUGAAGUUAUCCCAACUUCCCGAUCAUAUUCUUUUUGGACACAGAGAGGGAAGGGUCAUUUAAUUUUCUUUUCUUUUCUUUUUCUUUUUUCUCUUUGCCAUUCUAGUGGCCAUGCUUUCGGCUGUUUCAUUGUAUCCUCUUUCUCACCACUUCAUACGAAAGUCAUUGACCAACAUAAUUUUGUGCACAUUUGUUAUAUAUAUAGUGUAUUCUAGUCUUACAUUUCCAA